AGCUGCAGGCGGAGGCACUCUGGGCGUCUUUGCUGCCGGUUCUGAUGAAGCUGAACCAGCAGCACCUACGUGACGGCGACUUUGGUACAGGCGGACAGGAGGCCAGUGUAUCAACUGCCAAAGUAUCGUACUCGUACAAAUGCAUGACAAAUUCCCUCAGCAUGAGAGAUAAAAUUUGUAAUGCUGACUUACCUUGAGAAAAAACUUUGUAAUGCAUGAUUGCAAUACGAGUGCGAUACUUUUGCACAGGAUACAGUGGCGACGAUGACGAUGGCACGUAUGUGAACGUGAUCGAGGAAGAGACCGAGUUAUGCAUUGCAUCAAAUAUGUCUGAGUCUGAAAGGCUGCAAACUUGUGAUGCGGAUUCUGGAACAGGCAAAAAUCUGUAUUGCAUGCCGAGCAAAGGAUGUCCGAUUUUUGUCUCGAAUGGAUAUUUAUCAUGUGGGCCAGGCAUGAGUAAGCAAAAGCAUCUCAAGAAUUUGUAAAUGCUCUGCGUGCAUUCGAGACCUCCGGGAAAUGAAAUGCAGCAGCAGUAGCAUGACAAAUCUCCGACUUCUUCCAGACCAAGACAUAUUUGCAUUCGAGACGGUUACCCGAUUCUCGUGGUCGCGGAACUCUUACACACGAACUUUGACGCAACGAGCGGCGUAUCAACUGUAAAAAUGUCUGGGUCUGGAAGAUUGCCAGGUUUGUCAUGCACAUUUUGCAUGACUCCUGAUGUCUGUGAUGCAUGCCCUAGCAUCACACAUUUUGUGAGGGCUUCCUGAAUCCUAUACCGCAUGACAAAUACUCUUUCCGUGUAGCAAAACUCGGACUCUCUUUGCUGCUCAUGCAACACAGAUUUUUUUCGAAUCCAAAAUCAGCAUGACAAGUUGGAUUCCUCGAGACCCAGACAUUCUUACAGUUGAUACGGCGGCGCCGUGGUGGGAUCUUCAGACGGGAUUGCCUCGCCGUAUCCGACUAGCGGUUACGAGUUUUUGCACUCAGUUCUCGAUCUGUUCUUUGACGUGUUAUGAAUUGCAAAAGUAUCGUACUCGUAUAAAUGCAUAUACAAAUUUCCUCAGCGUGAGAAAUCAAAUUUGUCAUGCUGAUUUACCUUUAAGAAAAAGAUUUGUGAUGCAUGACUGCAAUGAAUACGAAUACGAUACUUUUGCGCAGGAUACGUGUUUCUUCCCUGCUUCGGGCUCUCAGCUGGAGGUGGAGCUGCUCCCGGCGCUUCAAAUAUGACCGCACUUCUACUCGGGUCGACAACGGCAUCGCCUGGGACCGCGAAAAUAUACUCGGAAAAACUGC